AUGGAUCAUGCCAACUAUACCUGGACCCAGACUUUCAUCCUUGCUGGUUUCACCACCACUGGCACCCUAUGCACUCUGGCCUUUUGGGGGACCUUGUGCAUCUAUCUCCUCACCCUUGCAGGGAACUUAUUUAUCAUCAUCUUGGUUCAGACAGAUUCCAGACUUUCCACACCCAUGUACUUCUUUAUCAGUGUCCUCUCCUUGCUGGAACUCUGGUAUGUCAGCACCACAGUGCCCACGUUGCUACGUACCUUGCUGUGUGGGCCUUCACCCAUCUCACCAACUGUGUGCUUUCUCCAGCUGUAUGUCUUCCACUCCUUGGGCAUGACUGAGUGCUACCUGUUGAGUAUCAUGGCACUGGACCGUUAUCUUGCCAUCUGUCACCCACUCCACUACCAUUCACUCAUGAACAGACAGGUACAACUAUGGUUAGCAGGGUCCACGUGGGUGGUUGGCUUCACAGCUGCACUUGUGCCAGCCAGUCUCACUGCCACUCUGCCAUUCUGCUUGAAUGAUGUAGCCCAUUACUUUUGUGACCUGGUGCCACUAAUGAGGUUGUCAUGUGUGGACACAAACUGGCAUGCUCAGGUUUAUAUUUCAGUGAUUGGCAUGAUUAACACAUGCUCUAUUUUGGGAUUCUAUGGAGGCAUCGUGAGAGCUGUGCUGAAGCUGCCCUCAACUGCUAGUCGUGCCAAGGCUUUCUCUACCUGUUCGUCCCAUAUCAUUGUAGUAACACUGUUCUUUGGCUCUGCUUUCAUUGUCUAUGUGGGGUCGCCUGGAAUCCAAGAUGAAGGCAGAGAUAAGCUUAUUGCUUUGGAUUACACUUUGUUUACCCCAUUUCUCAAUCCUAUUCUUUAUACUCUUCAUAACAAGGAGGUGAAGGGGGCUGUUAGGAGGGUACACAGAGGAUUAGGUCUGUGUUGCCUAGACCCUGAGUCUAGUAACCUCAUAAUCCAUUCACUUGGCAAUAGUAGGAUUUAG